AUGCUCCUCCCGCGCCUCCUCCUCCCCCUCCGCAGCAGCACUAGCACCAUCGCACGAUCCACCUCCCCCCGCCAAUGCCUCAAGCUGCUCCCUACUGCUGCUGCUGCUGCAAUGACCCAGCAGCGGUUCUUCGCGGCGGCUGCAGCGGUGGAGGGCGCAGAGCUCAACAAGACACCGCUGGAUGCGCUGCACCGGCGCAACGGCGGCAAGAUGGUCCCGUUUGCGGGAUACUCGAUGCCCGUGCUGUACGAGGGCAUGGGCGUGGGCGACAGCCAUCGCUUUGUCAGGGAGAGGUGUGGCUUGUUUGAUGUUUCGCAUAUGGUGCAGCAUCGCUUCGAAGGUCCCGGCGCCCUGCAAUUCCUCCAAACCAUCACCCCCACGGACCUAACCCUCCUCGAGCCCAACCAAUCCACGCUCUCAGUCCUCCUGCACCCCGUCACCGGCGGCAUCGUCGACGACCUCAUCAUCACCCUCGAGAACCCCUCCUCCUUCUACGUCGUUACCAACGCCGCCUGCAAGGCCAAAGACACAGCAUACUUCACCCACCACCUCACGCACUUCAACGCCACCCACAGCAGCACCGGCGCCGCCGUGCGCCACACCGUCCUGCACAACCAAGGCCUCAUCGCCCUGCAGGGCCCGCUCGCAAAGGAUAUCCUCCAGGAAUACCUCGACUCCACCCCCGCACGCGGGAAGCUCGACCUCAGCACGCUGUACUUUGGGUAUGCGACUACCGUCGCUGUCCCGCUGGGCGCGGACAACGUGGAGGAGCUGCAUAUCGCGCGCGGCGGGUACACGGGCGAGGACGGGUUCGAGAUCUCGAUCUCGCCGCGCAACACGGAGGCGGUCACGCAGGCGCUGCUGGACGCCGGAAAGAGCGGGGGGAGGGUACAGCUUGCGGGGCUGGGCGCGAGGGAUAGUCUUAGGCUCGAGGCGGGGAUGUGUCUGUAUGGGCAUGAUAUCGAUGAUGGGACGACGCCGAUUGAGGCCGGGCUGAAGUGGCUGGUGGGGGGGAAUAGGGUUAUGGAGGGAACAUUCAACGGCCACGAGACAAUCUCCCGCCAGUACAACGACUGGAAACAAGUCACACGCCGCCGCGUCGGCCUCAUCGUCGACGGCGCGCCCGCGCGCGAGGGCGCCGAGAUUCUCGAGAAGGGCUCUGACACCGUCAUUGGCAAAGUAACAUCCGGCUGUCCCUCGCCAACACUGGGGCUCAAUAUCGCGAUGGGGUAUGUUCAGAGCGGGUUCCAUAAGAGCGGGACCGAGGUGGGGGUGAAGGUGCGCGGGAAGGUGCGUGUGGGGAGGGUGGCGCGGAUGCCGUUUGUGGGGGUGGGGUAUUAUAAGAAACCGUAG